AUGGAAAACAAGACAAGUUUUCUUCCCAGAGAAGGAGAAUCUCAACCUUCCAGGUGUCCAGAUAAUAGUGCAUUCAAACAGCAGAGGCUGCCAGCUUGGAAGCCCCAGCUCACCAUUGCAUCUGUGCUCUCCAGCUUCUUUGUGACAGGGGCAUUCUGUCUCGCUGUGGGAGUCUGCCUUGUCCGGUCUGCAAACAGUGUCAGAGAAAUACAGGUUGAUUAUUCAGAUAAAUGCUCAAAUUGUUCAGAGCUCCGUGAAAAUUCCUCUAACUGGAAUAAGGAAUGCCACUGUUCUGUUAAUUUCACCCUGAAAGAAGAUAUAUUGGGUGAUGUUUUUAUGUACUAUGGUCUGCAGAACUUCUAUCAAAACCACCGUCGAUACAUGAUAUCAAGAAGUGACAUGCAACUGUUGGGCCGAAAUGUAAAUAUCCAGAGGAGCUACUGCGCGCCCUUCAGCACCUACAGGAACGGGACCCCGAUGGCACCGUGCGGGGCCAUUGCCAACAGCAUGUUCAAUGAUACUAUUGAUCUUUUUUACAAUCAUUACUCAUCUGUGAUUCAAGUGCCACUGUUGAAGACUGGAAACAGUUGGUGGACAGAUAAAAAUGUGAAAUUUCGCAAUCCUGAGUCAUACAAUCUCCCUUCUGCCUUUGCAGGGACAGCCAGACCUCCUUACUGGCAGAAACCAGUGUAUCUGUUGGACGAGGAAGAUGAGAGGAACAAUGGUUAUGUGAAUGAUGACUUCAUUAUCUGGAUGCGUGUGUCAGCCUUUGCCACGUUCAGGAAUCUCUACCGGCGCAUCAGACGGGUCCGGCACUUUGCAGAGGGCCUGCCAGCAGGGAAUUACACCUUCCGUAUUUCUUACAAUUUCCCUGUUAGCAAAUUCAAGGGGAGGAAGCAUGUGAUUCUUUCAACUGUGGUGUGGAGCGGUGGAAGUAACCCAUUCCUGGGAAUUGCCUACCUGGUUUCUGGCACAGCAGCAACCCUGACAGGUUUUGUCAUAACUGGCAUCCACUUAAAGCUCAGGAAAAAGAAAACAUACUUUCAGAAGCAGUAA